GGGAGAGCAGACCGCCACGCCUGUAGGCGGACCAGCGCAGUCCCAGAGCAGACACUGGAUACAGACAACAACAGUGACAGACGGAGUCCUCAAUUGUCUUUGCUUUUAGUCGGGUGUAGUCUGAGAGGUGGACACAGUAGCACACUACUAUUUACCUCGAAGUUUUAUCCCGAUGAAGGAGCUCCGUCCUGGCUGAGUUUGGGAGAUGGGAGUACUCAACAUUGCAGACCAGCCUCCUCUGGUCCAGGCCAUCUUCAGUCGGAAUACUGAAGAAAUUCAACUGUUAUUGCACAAAAAGGAAGAUGUCAAUGCACUGGACCAAGAGCGCCGCACGCCUCUUCAUGCUGCUGCCUGUGUGGGUGAUGUCCAUAUAAUGGACCUCCUCAUUGAGUCAGGUGCCAGCGUUAAUGCUAAGGACCACAUAUGGUUGACCCCAUUGCACAGAGCAGCUGCAUGUAGGAAUGAAAGGGCAGUGGGUCUUCUGCUGAGGCGUGGAGCCGAGGCAAAUGCACGAGACAAGUUUUGGCAGACGCCAUUGCAUGUGGCGGCUGCCAAUCGUGCCACGCGCUGUGCCGAGGCUCUGCUAACCCAGCUGAGCAACCUGAACAUGGCAGAUCGCACUGGUCGAACAGCCUUGCACCAUGCAGCUCAAAGUGGGUUCCAGGAGAUGGUGAAGCUGCUGUUGAACAAAGGAGCCAACCUGAGUGCCAUUGAUAAGAAGGAGAGACAGCCUAUCCAUUGUGCUGCUUAUUUGGGACAUUUGGAGGUUGUGAAGAUGCUGGUUUCUCGCGGUGCUGAUAAAAGCUGUAAGGAUAAGCUGGGUUACACGCCUCUCCAUUCUGCGUCUGCAAGUGGUCACAUCGAAAUUGUAAAGUACCUGCUGAGAAUGGGUACAGAGAUUGAUGAGCCUAAUGGCUUUGGAAACACUGCACUCCACGUGGCUUGCUACAUGGGGCAGGAAGCUGUGGCGACAGAGCUGGUGAACCACGGAGCUAAUGUUAACCAGCCUAACAAGUGCGGCUACACCCCUCUGCACCUGGCUGCCGUCUCCACCAACGGUGCCCUCUGUCUGGAGUUGCUGGUCAACAACGGGGCAGAUGUCAACCAGCAGAGCAAAGAAGGGAAGAGCCCCUUGCACAUGGCCGCCAUUCACGGACGCUUCACCCGCUCCCAGAUCCUCAUCCAAAACGGUGGGGAAAUCGAUUGUGUGGAUAAGUAUGGCAAUACCCCCCUCCACGUUGCUGCUAAGUAUGGCCACGAACUGCUGAUCAGCACUCUGAUGACCAACGGAGCAGACACGGCCAGACGUGGGAUUCACGGAAUGUUCCCUUUGCACUUAGCGGUGCUGUACGGGUUUUCAGACUGUUGUCGCAAGUUACUCUCCUCAGGUCAGCUGUACAGUAUAGUUUCAUCUAUGAGUAAAGAGCACGUCCUCUCAGCUGGGUUUGACAUUAACACCCCAGACAACUUUGGGAGGACCUGUCUACACGCCGCUGCCUCUGGAGGAAACGUUGAAUGUCUGAACUUGCUUUUAAGUAGCGGUACUGACUUGAAUAAGAGGGACAUAAUGGGAAGGACUCCACUGCACUACGCGGCUGCUAACGGGAGGUACCAGUGCACCGUUACCCUGGUGAGCGCUGGCGCUGAGGUCAACGAGCCUGACCAGACUGGCUGUACUCCCCUGCACUACUGCGCUGCCUCUCAAGCCUUCAGCAGAACUGAUCGUCAUUUUUCUGGGAACCCUCAAAAUAACGAGGAUGAGACGAGGGAGUCGUACUUCUGCUUGGAGCAUCUUCUGGACAAUGGUGCUGAUCCAUCGAUGGUCAACUCUAAAGGUUACAGCGCUGUUCACUAUGCAGCUUACCAUGGCAACAAACAGAACCUGGAGCUGCUCUUGGAGAUGUCCUUCAACGCUCUAGGAGACAUAGAGAGCAGCAUCCCCGUCAGCCCGCUGCACCUGGCUGCUGACCGGGGCCACUGGCAGGCUCUGCGUGUGCUCACAGAAACGGCCGCCUAUGUGGACAUGCAGGACGCUGCUGGGCGCUCUGUGCUCUACCUGGCUGCGCAGAAAGGCUACGCUCGCUGUGUGGAGGUGCUUCUGGCUCAAGGGGCAUCGUGCCUCCUCAACGACACCCGUCUCAUGUGGACUCCAAUUCACGUUGCAGCUGCAAACGGCCAUUCAGACUGCCUGAAGAUGAUGAUUGAUUAUGGGGAGGAGGGGGAUCUCACCAAUGUGACGGACAAAUGUGGCCAGACCCCUUUAAUGUUGGCCGUCCUGGGGGGUCACACUGACUGUGUCCACUACCUGCUGGACAAGGGUGCCCUGCCAGAUGCUAAAGACAAGAGGGGACACACCGCUUUGCACAGAGGGGCCGUGCUGGGACAUGAUGACUGUGUAACAGCCCUGCUGGAGCACAAAGCUUCUGCGUUAUGUCAGGACACCCAGGGUAGGACACCCAUGCACUACGCUGCCUCCAGAGGCCACACGGACAUACUGGCAAGUCUGAUGCAAGGCGCCAUGGCAACCAACCCGCAAGACAAAUUGCUGGACAACAAACAAUACACCCCAUUACACUGGGCUGCGUACAAAGGGCAUGAAGACUGUUUGGAGGUUUUACUUGAAUUCAAAACAUUUACACAUGAAGAGGGAAACCCUUUCAGCCCCCUGCACUGUGCUCUAAUGAACGGCCACAGCGGCGCUGCAGAGAGGCUGCUGGAAUCUGCCGGGGUUCACAUGAUCAACACCAGAGACGCCAAAGGAAGGACCCCCCUGCAUGCUGCUGCGUUUGCUGAGGAUGUUUCAGGACUUCAGCUGGUGCUUCGCCACGGGGCAGAGAUCAACACUGUGGAUCUAAGUGGACGUUCUGCUCUGAUGGUAGCUGCUGACAAGGGUCACAGUGGCACUGUAGCCAUCCUGCUUCACCGGGCCAAGGCAGACCUGACCCUGCUGGAUGACAACAGGAACACUGCCCUGCACCUGGCGUGCAACAAGGCCCAUGAGAUGUGCGCGCUGCUGAUUCUGGGGGAGAUCCACAGUCCCACCCUCAUAAAUGCCACCAACAAUGCUCUGCAAAUGCCCCUUCAUCUGGCAGCUCGUAACGGCCUGGCUACGGUGGUUCAAGCUCUGCUGAGUAGAGGAGCCACGGUCCUGGCCGUGGACGAGGAAGGUCACACCCCGGCGCUGGCCUGUGCUCCCAACAAGGAUGUGGCCGACUGCCUGGCUCUGAUCCUAUCUACCAUGAAGCCUUUCCCCCAGCGGGACUCUUCCUCCUGCUCCUCCUCCUCUCCAACAGUCUCCUCCUCCGCAGGUCUCAACUUGCUGAAGCACUGCGGCAUCACCGCCGCCUGCUCCCCUCUGCCCAGCAAUGGCCUCCACAAUGGCUACGUCAAAGAGCUCCACGGUGCGCCGGUUGGCCUGGAUGGGUGUCUGUCUGAGUGAGGUCCCGAGCCCCUUCAGCCAGCUGCCAUCAUCACCACCACCAGGGGGCGACUACCUUAAACAUGGUCAAGAGGACCUGAAGAGCACCCACCCACCUGUCUGUUUUCUCUGUAUGUACGUGUGUGUGUGUAUGUGUGUGUGAGAGAGAGAGAGUGAGUGUUUGGUCUUCUCUUGAGGUGCAGUCAAACCUAUUAUGCAAUUAGAUCCCAUUCCUCCAUCUCCUAGCUUAAUGCGUAGAGGCAGGUUGCUCUACAAGGUCACUCAGGCGAGGUGAGGGAUUCAAGAUGAACACUAGUAAUCUGGCCAUCUCUAAAUUAUUUAACCCUUUAAUACCACGCUGACAUUCUAAUCUAUCGCCAAGCUCUAGGAGCACGGCAGCGUCUGUAUCGGCUCCCCCUCAUAUCAUUCAGUAGAAACCCAGCUGAGCCGACCUUGUAGAGGAUCAUGCAGCCUUCACAAAAAAUAAUCAAAGAUUUUUUUGUUUAGUUUGUUUUUUGAAGUUUUUUUUCAUCUAUUAGCCUAGAUUUUUAUGAAGGAACCACACAAGGGAAAGAAAAAGUCUAAAUUUAGCUCAAGAGUGCAAUGCUUCUAUUGUACUACAGUACAAUUUGGAAAAGGGUCACAAAGUUGUUAAUUCCAUAGUGUAUGCUAAAUGUACGGCCUAGAGUUUGGCAUUUUAAGAUGAUUCGGUUAUGCUGCUGAUUUCAUUAGCAUGUCUCCUUCCAAAGGAGAGCCAUGUUGGGGUCAGCAUCGUGACAGCCCCUUUGUUCUGAAUGCUGACCUCAUUUUUUUAAACAUGCUAAAUAAGUGUUUGUUAAGCUAGAAUGUUUCUAAGCAUAUAAGUUAUGACCAAAGUUGAUCAACACUACUAUGGCUAUAAAUUAUUUAUUUGAGAUGAACUGUACUGUAUAGAGAAAGACAAUAGAUCUCGAUAUACCUCGUCGACUCGUUUAGCAGCUGCUUCAUCUUCACCCAGGGUCCGUAGGCCUGGCGUUCUCUCGUCGUAGGGUCGGAGAACGGCUGUAGGGUAGUGACUGACCGAGGCCUUGUUUAUUUCUAGAUGAAGGCUUUACUAGUAAUAUCUGCCAACAACACCUCAUCAAAGCAUCUUAUAUUUGAGCACAUAAGUGAACAAGCCAUUUCAAUUUAUUUCCCAUCUCUCCAGCAGUGUUUAAAAAAAAAUAAGAUUUCAGAUUUGAAUGGCCUGAUUAUUGGAAGAGAGCAGUCAGUUUUGUUUUUAGGCACUAAAGGCGUUUUGGUUUAUUUUCAGGCGUUUUUAAGUUGAACUGGCCAUCAGCAUUGUGGAUUUAAGCUCUGAUUAAAAGGAGUCUUUCCUGGUGAACUUGUCUUAAGAAUCUGAUCGCUUUUAUCACAGCUUCUUUGUUGUGAACGCUGAUCUGUUUGAACUGAUAUUUUUAUUGGGCAGUUUUUAAGCAAUAUUUUUCUUUUUUUGCCUUUUUGUUGAGUGUUAUUGAAUAGACAAUCACUGUCACAAGGGCUUUUGUUUCCCUAGAAUGUGUUUUCUUUCUUUCUUUCGUUCUUCUAUUAUUAUAUCAUGAAAAUUGAACCUAAAGACUAAACGAAUGGCUCUGUGCGUGCCGGGCAUUUUACUAUCAGUGUCAACACAAAUGCACUGGAUUGCCUUUAUGGCGUCUUAUGAAAUGCCUUUUGACCCAUGCCUUCUAUAACGUAUCAUUUCAGUUAGAUCGCUUUAUGGCAGAAUUUGAUGAGCCCCGAGACUGAUUCAAGUUUCCACCCAUUUAAAAGCCUCGGCGUUGAGCCGCAGAGACAUCGCCGCACGGCGUUGUCAGUGAGCCCUAAAAACGGGUCGGAGAGGAAGAGAGGGAACCUUUGCUUAGGCCAACGCCUGUUGUUCAAUUUCAGGAAUAGCAGCAAUCCAAAAAUGUGCUUUUUGUGAACAACCUUGUCUCCUCAUUCCGUUUUCUGGUAUUAAACAUACUAAAGAUGAUUGUUUCAGACCACUAGAGCUGUUGGUGACGUUCGAUGUGAUAUCUAUGCUUUUUAGUUGUUUUAAACCAUCUGAUGGUGGUCGGAUUACACUGAGUCGGCGUGACGACUUCAUAUCCACUAAUGGAAGUGGCGCGAUUGCACACGUUGGCUGACUAAAUGAGGGAUGAGGACCUAGACGAGGCGUUUGGUGAAAACUAAAAGACUCACGUUGUCGAAUUAAACUUGAUUUUCUCAAACUGACAAACUUCCUUGGUUUUCUAUUAGAGCAGUGGUCUCAGUGACGACAUGUUUCAUUCUUUUGAUAACUGACUGAAAGGAAAUGGAGCAAAUUGGUGAGAGCCAGCCUUUGUUCGCGUGGUCUGAUUUUUACUAGAAUUGCAUUAAUAUUAAUAAUGAGGAUAGGUACAUUUUUUUUGUUUUUGUAAUCUCAGGAUUCCUGCCAUGACCGCAGGUACAGUUUCUUAAUUCAAUCUGAUCUUCGCAGGAUGUUUAUGUCUAAGGAUUUUUUUUUUCCGAUGGGAUGUUCCAAAAUAAAAUUCUUUUUUUAACUCUAAUCCCACAGCACUUAAUUAGUCGAGCACGCACUUUAGUACAUUCAGGUUCUAAGUGUGCAGAAUAGAGCAGAUGUAUGUACUUAUGUUUACAUGCAUGUGUUGCUGCUGAAAACCAGAAGGUGGAGAUGCAAAAGAUAAGACUGCAACUAAAUUGUACUUCAGCAAUGCAUUAUUUAAAAAUGCAAACAAAAAAAAUAAUAGUGGUGUCUCUAAGCACUUACGGACAGUACCCACUGCCCACUGACUCUUGCUGUGUGUUUUUGCGCAGGCGGCCCACUGAAGCACCACGGUGUGAUUACCCAGCCUAUUGACAUUUAAGACUCAAGUCUUGUAAAGUCAGUUAUGUAAUUCUACGUUCACCUCAGGCAGGCUCCUCUGAAUACUCUCCAUCUACUCUCUGCCGUUCAUAGGAGCUGUCAGGGAUUUUAGUUUUCUUCUUGUGACGCCCUUAUUUAUCUAGUGGAUUGAGUCGUUGCCCCCCCCUGCAAUGAUACAUGAUGUGUUUUUUUGUUUAGUUUAUUCUCAGUAUUCUUAUAUAUGCCGUUUUUCUUUAGUUAUAGUUUUAGUGUGCCAGUGAUACCAGUGAUUGUGCAUGGAGCUAGAUCCCAGUUGUGAGAUAGCUACUAUUAAACAAAUGGAGCUUAUACAAUAUAUCUGGAGUCGGAGACAAAAAAAGCAAUGAAAGGUCCAAUUGUAGCAAUAGAGCAUGUGUGUGUUUAUAGUGUGCAGCACAAAUAUUGCACUGCCAUCCAUUUAGGCCAAUUCAGUAAAUCAUAGCAUCGAUGCCAAUGGAAGAUUCAAGAGCGGGUUGGAUGUCUUGGACUUUGGUCACAAAUAAGACCUGAUUGCCAAAACGUGUUGAGAGUGAACCUCUUCGUAAAGCAGCAGUGGAUUUAUGCAUAACGUUCAAGCCGUUUACAGUCUGACCAUCAAAUCUGAGCCAUGAAUUUUUCUGACUUAAAUGAAUGUAGGGUCAGUUCAGAGAGGACAGUUUGGCUUUCUCCCAACUUGAAACUGUCGCUCUUCAUUCGUCUUGCAUAGGUAUACAGGUAGCAUGUAGUCCAAUACUUCUCUACUUAUUAUAACGUGUGUGUGUGUGUAGUAGUCUUCCUGCAUAGGUUUGGAUGUGUUUAGGUCGACCCCACCCCCACCUUCUGGCAUAUUGUUGGAGAUCUAGACCCGCCGUUGUGAGUUAUCACCGUUUUCUCCGCGUGAUCCAGUUCUGUGGCGUGAAGCAGACCAAGGCAAACAGGGCAAGAGUUCAGAUGAAUCAUGUUCAUCCAUUCCACUGAGAUUGCCUUAGAGUACAGCAAAGCAAGAGGGACAAAAAGGUCUACAGUAGAUAGCAUCACACACAUACUCAUAUAGCCUAUAUCUGACAAAAUGCACCUAAGCUACACCCAUUUAGUGCCAUAGAAGCCUUGAUUUGCCUUUAGACAUGAAUCAUACUGAUCAGACACGUGUAGAUUAAGAUUAAUACAGUUUGUGUUGGGAGCUGCAUGUCUCCUCACCAAUAUUACUCGAAGGAAAGUUGUGGAAACAUUUGCAUGUGAAGUUAGUCCUUAAUUUGGUUGUUGGUAGAAAUCUAUUUUAUAAGUCAACAUUUUUGAAUAAUAUAUUUAGUCCCUUUAGUAUUGGCAACGCAAUCCAUUGUCUGUGUAGUUUACAAGGUGGUUUAUAAUGUGUUAAAAAAAGAAGAAAAAAAAAGUUUUUGGAUGUCUAAAAAGAGCAUGGUAUAUAAAAAACAGAAUUGAUUUGCCUCCGCGGAUGUCUUGGUUCUUACUUGAAUUGGUUGGCAAAUUUCAAUUCAACUCUGAUCCACUGUUGAGCCUUUUGCCUUAAAAGCUGAAACUGAAACUAAAACCUGGCCGUACCUGAUGCGUUCCAUCACCUGUAGAGUUAUGCUACUUGGUUUGAUUGCUACAAAAAAAAAAUUGGCUUCUUUCUUUUCACAGACAUCUUUGGGUGUUGAGAAGCACCCAAAUAAAUUGAGGUAGCACAUAGCUCUGGGUCGCCACGGUGCCGAGAUUGUCCUGAGAGGUUUUGGGAUAUCGCCAUAUUUUCCACUGUGAAUGAAUAAAUUUAGAAUUCACUAGUAAACAAUCAACUAUGGCUUCUCUGUUAUCCAGAGCCGAAUGACACUGGGAAUUGAAGUUUUGUACCUCAGAAAGAAAUAUUUUAAAAAAAAAAAAAAGGAAGAAAAAUCAAAGCAACAGGAAGGAUGCUCGUGCAGCUAUGCUAACAAAGUGUUUUCAUCCAUCUCGUGGGUUGUGUAUUUCUGCUUAAACCAGCCUAAAAUCAGAUGAGUGUGUGAUUUGUGUCGGCAGAAGUCUGGUGUUUCCUACCUUGCAAAGGCGCAUCCACCUGCACCUUAAGUUUUUUAUUGGACCUGCAGUUUUACCUCAUCAGUGGGUUUUUUUUUAGUGACAAUGCUGACAUCAUGUGGUUUGUUAUUUCUCCUGGUGUCGGUCGUGUAGUGUGUGUGUGUGUGUGUGUGUGUGUGUGUGUGUGUGUGUGUGUGUGUGUGUGUGUGUGUGUGUGUGUGUGUGUGUGUGUGUGUGUGUGUGUGUGUGAGAGAGAGAAACGUUUCAACAACAGCAUGUUGUUCCUGAACAUGCACAAGCCCAUUUUGCUUUUUCUAACUUUGCCCGGUUUCUACAUUCUCUUUACUACAAUCAGCAGAUGAGUCUGUUAUUUGGUGCGAGUCGGAGUAAAGGGUUCAGUGUAACGCCAGGUGGGAACUGAAGGUAGCUAUAAAACUUUACCUCUGCAAGUCGAAACAAAACGAUUUCACUGUCUAUUGAGCGCCUUCCCAGGCUUAUUCAUUCCCCACACCCCACCAAUAGGACCUGUGUAAUAUCGAGCACAGAGGUGGCAUGGUGCCUUUUAUUUGUUACUACCGAAAGGUACGGUCUUCCAUUUUUAUUUCCCGGAAGCCUUACGAUGGGGAAAGAAGAAAUAGAAUCACACUGAACACGCGCGACUGGAGCAGACGGGACUCCCUUUAGGCAUCAGAUUCUGAUUGAUUAAGAGUUAAAAGCAAAACUCUUUCUGCGUUAGCUUGGAUUUCUCCAGAUAUUUCCCACGACCCUUAACGUUGCUGAAGAAAUUGCACAUCGCUGAUGCAAUUUGUGAGCACAUGAAACGAUGAACGAAAGAGGGAUCAGCAGAUCGAAAGCACAAAUCCAAAGAAGGCACCUCGGAGCUCUGCAGGCUCUCCUACCCAUCAGAAACAAAGGAGGCUGUCAACCAAACCGAAGCAAACAUCUGAGAGGAGAGUCGAAACGAGCAUCUCUCCUUUACGGGCAGAAAAGCCAAGGCGUGAUCAUCAGUAGCACAAUAACUGUAGAGAGACCGUAGUCUGAAACAGUGCCGCGCUGCUUCUGAUCAUACGAUCGUCACAGUGCAGCUCUGGAACGGUGCACUACCUACGCUCAGCGUCAGAUUUAGGUGAACUGUGUUGUGACUGUGUUGCAAAUUGAUAGUGGAGGUAGUUUGUGUUUUUUUAGCGUAGACUGAGUAGAAGUAGGUUUGCAGUAGUAGCUGUGUGCAGUGUUAUUAACCGUGUGAUCAUAUUCUAGAAGUGACGUAACAUUUGUUGUCUUACUACCACGUUGGAGGCAUGAGUCAUGUUCUGUCAAGCUGACCUCGUUUGAAAUAGAUAUAAGUGCAAUAACCUCUUGUUUAUCGUCGCUUCCUCGGUUGAAAAUAUUAAUUAAUACGCCCUUUUUUAACACCAAAAGUCACUCAUCUGUAGCAAAUGAAGGAUUAGAAGUGGUCCUCUUGUUUGUGUGCAGAGAGGUGGCAUUUGAUGAGUGUGUGUGUGUGUGUGAGAGAGAGAGAGAGAGAGAGAGCGAAUAUUUUGUUCUGAAAACUGUGAUCAACAUCAUUCUGAAAGCUGCCUGCUCAAACACAGGACCGUGCACACGUUGCGAUAGGUUUGGAUCGUUGUUGUUUUCCUUCCUAUGAAUGGAGUUGACGAUAUUGUAAUUUGGAUUUCUGGUUUCUAACCAGUAGAGACGUUCCUUUGCAUGUGUAGGUGUGUAUGCAUCCUCUGAUCCUCCUUAAACGAGAAAAUAUUUAGACCUGCUGUCAGUGAUGCGAGGAAACGUUUUUAAAAAAUAUAUAAAAAGGCCUUAUAUUCUUUUUAAUGUUAAGCAUUAAGGGUUCUUUCAUGUCCCUCCCUUUUCAGUGUGUAGCCUAAAGCUUGUACAGUAAAAAAAAACACACAACUGGUGAGAUUUCUGUCUGCUGUACAGCCCGUGUUUUCAUUAUUUGUUACUUGGAGGUCCUGUGAUUGUGGUUCUAGAGAAACAUUCCCCUUGAAAGUGCCGUUUGUGUUCACCAGCAGAAGGUGUAUUGUUGGGGAGGAAGUCGGACGAUCGGAACGCUUCCCGCUGUUCUACCGUUGACGUGAAUGAGUCGAAGUAUUUGUGCAGGUGAAAUGAGGCAGCUCUUUUCUGAUGGAGCACCUAAUUGACUUGCUCUGUCUAUGAGCUCAUCAUAGAAGCAGCUCCUCAUCGAGCAGAGCCAUAUCAGAGAAUUUGCCCAUUAGGAGCCCCAUGAAUGUGCUAUUAGGAAUAGCCUCCUGUAGAAACGGAUGUAUACUGCAUGUUCUGUGACUUUUUUGUAGGAGUAGUAAUCUCUCAUAUUUUUUUCUUUUUUACGGUUUAAUCCGCUUCACUGAAGAUGUUACCAUCUUACUGCAACUCAUAGGCUAUUAAUAAUACUCUGAACCUGGACUUGAACUGCUGCUGAGGCGGCCUUCAUUCAUGCAGAUUCAGAGACAAAACAUGAUGACUUAGAAGCCACCUUAUCCUGCAAAUCAGGGCAUGUGAUGAGUUACAAUCAACGAUUUUCACAGCGCACCUUCACAAAAUGUGAAAAAGACAGAAAGAUGGCUCGUCCCCCUGACAUUCCAAAGUGUUUUUAGUUUUCCACAGUCCUGUCUUUGAUUGGGAAACGUUUUUUUCCUCUGCUGGUGAUUGAAGAGGGCGUGUGUGUCGAUGACAGGGUUCCCUAUUUAACAUAACACCGAUUACCUCAUUUACAAAUCUGCAAAUAUACUAUUCUACUGUGUGUGAAGGAGUUAAUGCUAUCACCAGCAGUGCGGUCUCCAGACCUGUGAUGACAACAGGACCAAUGACAUUAGCCCAUUUAACGGAUAAUUGACCAGUGCAGAAACGCGCAGUUAAAACACGAUUUCAGUCCUUUUGUUAAGGACCUGAUGGGACUUUGAGAUUUAAUAAACCACCUCAGCUGCUAAUCUAGUCUCCACUGGGAUGCAGCACAUUAAGAUUUUUAGGAUUUCAGGUUUUGUUUCACAAAAUAAAAGUUUAAAUCUGGUGUUAGAGUCGUCGAACCGCUCCAACAGUGACUUGAGUAGCAGCUGUGCGUACGAACUAGCCUGGUUCAGUAAUUAUCUCGUGUAAAUUUCAGAUCGUGUUACCAUCACUCGCUGUUUUUUAUUUUAUCAUUAUUAUUUCCUUGUAGCAUUUCUCCUACCUCCUUGUUUUGCAGCCUUGAUUAUUGUUCGUCUCCACUUGUUCCGUCUUUAAAGCUGAGAUCAGUUCACCGUGCAGGAAUACGGAUUUAUCAUAAGCAAUUGUAAAGUGUGCUUGGUUGUGCUGUAUGUGUAAAUGUCUACUUGACGUUGGAAAAAAAAAUAUUUAUGAAUAGCAUUUAUACGACAAAAUACCACUGGAAUGUGAAGCCAGACCAUGUUUAUGAUGCAGAUUAUGAUGAUAGUCUCUCCCCUUUAACAUUCAGUGGCAAAUGGUCACAGGAACCUGUUUUUUUUUUUUUUUUUUUUUUUUUUUUUUUUUUUUUUUAGAAAAGUCACCUUUUCCCUCUUUAGGUUAUUUAACAUUUCUCUGCGUAUGCUCUUCUGUCGAACUUAGAUAGUAUACAAUUACCCAAUGUUUACAGCUUCAUCUCGGGUCAGCCAACAAUGGCCACGUAGUUGCAUCACAGGUUGUCACACAGGGUGAUGAGAGGUGUAUUUAUGAUUCUGUCUGGGGAGGACUUCAUCUCCCCGAGCCCCUCUGUCUCCACACCGCCCCACAUCUAACAUCAGGUUUGACUACAAGGGGUACAGGACAAGGUGAAAGGUUUGAGGUUUCCUGAACCCCACCCCACCCCAUUCAUGCCAACUGGAUCAGCCCCCUCCCCGUCGGCCAUCCAGCAUCUCAGCUAAACCUCAAGCCAUUCAUGUUUUCUGUUUUGGUUUUCUUUCAACAAUGCAAUCCUGAAAGCACUUUGCCUUGUUAUUCCUUUGUGUGAACAUGUGAAUGAUGAUUUGUUACAGAUGUGUUCAAUGCGUAAAAGAUCAUUCACUGUUUUGGAAAAACCUGCAUCUGUCUUUCUGACAUUAAAAGAAAAAAAACAGUUUAGUGACAUUAAACCUGGAUAUAUUUUAUAAAAUGUUUGCUGCAGCCAAUUGGUCUUGUCAUUCAGUAUUGUGGCUUAAGGUUGUUUGCGUUCAAUAAAGUGCUAUUGCUAAAUAC